AUGGCCCAGGGUUUCAGGUUUAAGCGUUAUGAUGAAGGAAGAGAGAAACGUACAACCGACGCUCAGCAAUCUCUGCUUGGACCCAGUGUAGCCGAAGCUUCUUUGGAGGAAAGAGCUUGUGGUCGAGCUCCAUUACUCGAAUGUCUGAUGUGCUCCAUGGAGAAACCGCGUCGCAUCUCGACACAACAGCGAGAAAUCGAUACUUGUGUCCUGCUGCACAUGUCGUCCUGCUGUCCUGAGGAAGUGGCCGAGGAGCACAACUCGGCUGAGGAAGUGGCCGAGGAGCGCAACUCGGCUUUCGAAUCGGAAGAUCAGCCCUGGUCCGUUACCCUGACUCCUGUUAAUGAGAAACCCAUCACGUUUCGAAUCUACCGUGGUGAACCGAUCGAGUUCAAGGUCACCUAUAAGGACAAGGAUGAGCUGUACGAGGCGGUGAAACAAAAACUGAUUGAGGUUGGUGCUCCCGACGGAAAACUCUAUUAUAUCUGCUAUCCAUUUGACUAUUCGCUGAUUGAAAACGCUGACGAUCUGAGGGCGACGUCACAUCGACGAGUAGCAGCUCGGAAUCCUCUUCCGAAGAUGGCGAAUCGACUGGAAGAAGUCGCCGGCGAUACAGAAGACGUUCUUGUAGCUUCGGUCGUAGUUGCAGACACUGCCGCUGCCAACCCCAGCAGCACUCCCACGAAUGCUAUUCAGGUUUCCCAUGCAUGUACCAAUUCUCUCCCAAUCAGCACUACGGUUGUAGAGGUGGUUGCCAUCACUAUGGGCCUUCUCCUUGCCAUAUGA